AUCAACAUGAAGAUACUACUGCUCCUAGUAGCCGCUAGUGCUAUACUGGCCACAGCUACACUGGCCGCUUCACUAGACAACGAGAUAGCUACUGAAGAAGAAGAAGCUAUUACUGAUAUUCUAACAAGACUUCAACAGCUAGUCAAUCAAGAGGAGAUGGUAACAAACAUUCAGACAAUGGAUGAUCUACUACUCAAUAAUGAAGAGGCCAUCGUGCAAGCUGAUAUACAAAAGAAUCAUAAACACUCAAAGAAACGAAGGGGUCGCAAAGGCCGUCGCCGUGACGAUGACGAUGACGAUGACGAGGACAGCAGUAGCAGUGAUGACGUCGUGAUGCAAGCUGAGAUCCUCAACAUGGUGGACAAGCUGGUUGGUGGACUACUAGGCUAGCUGAGACUAUCGGCAUGCUAGCAUUUAUACAAUAGCUAUUAUUGUUAUUACUUUCAUUCUUGUGCCACAAAUUCAUAACGAUCGAGCUACAAAACAUCAUGAACACACAAUACUAGUCUAUGUCUAGUCAUCAUGAAUACACAAUACACUAGUCUAUGUCUAGUCAUCAUGAACACACAAUACACUAGUCUAUGCCAUUAUAGUCAC